AUGAAAAUUCAUAAAAAAGCUGCCUUCAAUGAGAUUUUUGUUAAACAUGAUGCUCACAUCAAUCGAUAUAUUAAAAGAAUCAUUUAAUUGUUUGAAGAAGGGUAAAUAUUUAACAAAACUCUAAUUAAGCAUUCAAACAGUUUUAAUACAUGGAAUGUCUGCGAGUAUUGAAAAAUGUGUGAGGAUUGCUUUAUAAAUAAAUGAUCAAUAUUGUGGGAUCACCUAUAAGAUAAAGACUAGCUCUCAGGAUAACAAGUCUGGUAUUCACAUAGAGUUGACCAAAUAAUUAUUAAUAUGA